AAGCUCCAGAACUUUGGGAAAAAAUAAACAAACAUGGCACUUCUGACUGUGUCAGCAGCAGUGUUGAUCUUGAGCCUGAAUUAUUGCUUAGCAGUUCCAAUAUCACAUUCAGAAUCCAACGAAUCUGACCUGACGGAGAAUGAUCUGAGAUUUGCUGAGGUAUUUUAUAUACUUAUAAAUUGUAAUAUUCAUAUUUAAAAAUGAAAUUACUGGCAGGAAAUAUUCAGAAGGAAAAUGGGGCAGUUUACUAAAUUGAAAUGGCAGUGAAAUUAAAAAGUGAAUUUCAAAAUAUUUGUAAAAUACUAAUAGCCAAAUGAAAGACAAGUUUAUAAUCGAGAUUUUUUUGACCUAAGCAGUUCAAUUGACUUUUAUGUUUUCACAAUUCACUUUUUUCUUUGUUCCUAUUUCAUGGGGUGAUUUUUAAACCACUGAUCAGUCCACUAGUCACCAACUACUUCUUGUAUCAGUUAAUACCAGAAAGAACUGUUUGUGGACAACAUUAUGCUUACAAAAGUCUAUGGCUGACUCUUUAAAAAUAAUAAUAAUAAUAAUAAUAAUAAUGAUGACGUUAUACAUGCUUGAUAUAAUUCUAUUUUUUGUCUUAUUUUAUGUUUUAUUUGCUUGAAGUAAGUAUAUUUUUGUUAUAUUUUAUUUACUUAAAAUAAGUCUAUUUUUGUUAUAUUUUCAUAUUUGAUUUGAGUAAAGAGAUACUCUUUUUCCCUCUCCAUUUUCCAAUAACCGCAUGAGGGCCUCGAAUCUGGAACAUUAACUAAGGUUGAAAUGCAUCUAUUAAGAGCAGUGGGCCUACCUAUAAAUCUUCUUUAUAAGAGGGAGGAUGUUUUGUAAAAUGUCAGCUUUACAGUGUACAGUACCAAUAAUUGUGGCUAAACAAGGUUGGACACCCUUGUGGUAGUGCAAUGCAUAAAGUAAGCUUUAUACUCAAACAACAGUACUAUACUCGCUUUAUGUCAGAGUGUCUGUAAGAGAGACUUACUCAAAGUGUGAUUAAGACUUUUUUUGCUUUUUCCUCAGAAAUACCUGAACGCACUUUACAGCUCCUCCGCUCUCCCCAGCGGCAUUCUCCGGAGCAAAAGCCCAAAAAGUGUGCAGACCAAACUCAAGCAGAUGCAAUCUUUCUUCGGUUUGGAGGUGACAGGCAAACUAGACGAAGAUACAAUGGAGAUUAUGAAACAACCAAGAUGCGGGGUCCCUGAUAUUGGGGAAUACAAUUUCUUUCCAAGGAAAUUAAAAUGGCACAGGAACAAUAUCACCUACAGGUAAACCAUUCUCACAAUGUAGUGAGUUGAUGAAGAGAUUUAAGAUUUCCAAUUCUCUUUGAAAAUGUUGAGUUUAAAACGGAGAGAUUUAUAAUAUUUAUACAAGCAAUCUGCGUUUGUUAGAGCGCACAACAGUUAUUUAUAAUGGUGCGUACCAUCACAGUCAGUUUAUCUGGCUUACUAACACUGCAUCCAUAAAGUGUUGAAGGGUUAAAUCAGUGUACCCCCUAAACCUCAUGGGCACGGAAAAUCAUGCAACUUAUUAAUCAGAGCCAAACUACACCUUGAAUCUCUAUUAAUAUCCAUUAUGUCAGAGUUAGCCAACAGCUAUUAGAGAACUGGUUGGAGAUAGAUGUAGGUGAUGCACCAUACUACAGAUAUUCAUAUUGUUAGAGUCUUAUAAACAGCACAUUUUACUGCAGAUGUUGAAGAAGCACAGUUUGUACCGUUUAUUAGACAUUGGUAUCAUGACUCAGCCUCCAUACACUUGGCUAUCAUCCAAGACAAACAUGUGCCAUGCUUGUCGACUUUUCUUAAAGAAUUUCAACCAUAAACCACUUGUGUAGCCUAACUGCUUACAUUUUAAUCUAUUUAUUAGCAUUCAAUAAAGUUGUGGAUGACAUUUCACGUUGAUUCACGUUGAUUUAUUGGCAGGAUUGUGAACUACACACCAGAUUUAACCCAUGCAGAUGUGGAUAGAGUGAUCAAAAAAGCCCUUAAAGUGUGGAGUGAUGUAACUCCUUUAAACUUCACCAGACUCCGUACAGGCACUGCCGACAUCAUGGUUUCAUUUGGGAAGAAAGGUAUGAACGUUAUGUACAUUUACAAUUCUAAUAUCUCACAAGUCACAAAUAAUCCCUCAUAGAAGUUCUCUAGGGUUUACUCCCUAAAUGGGUAAUUGUGUAAAUAAAAUAGAUAACCUGAAAAAAACCCUUAAAAUUAGCUAUUUAAUCUCGGCUGUUUUAGUUGAAAAUGCGAGAUGGCUUUUGGCAGUGCAUGUUCUAACAAAAAUAUAUGUGUAAAAGUUCUUGUAUACUUGCAUCAGAAGGGAGAUAUUUGAAUACAUAGGCACCUGAGUACAGUACAUGCAAAUUUAAAUAUUACCUAACAAUAAUUUAGAUGGUUUAAAAGGAAACUCUGGGCACCAUAACAACUUAAUUGGAAUGAAGUUGUUAUGGUGCCAGGAAGCCCCUGGUGCCGGCUUAACUUUAGGGUAAAACCAUUCAUGAACAGUUUAGCCACAAUGUUUUGAAUCCAGUACCAUUUAGCUCUCUCCCUCUCCUUCCCCUUAUCUCAAAUUCUUAAAGCAAGAAGCCUCGGGCAGCCUCAGAGAGUGGCUUUGCUAAUUGGCUUUGCUAAUUGGCUGAGUGCCAGCUGAUGCUCUAAGCCAAUCAGUAGCUGCCCAUUCAAAAACAUAUUUUUCUCAGGCCAUUUUGCUCAGGUCAGUGGCGGGUCUAGUGGCAGGUGUAGGUGGGUAAAUGGGGCAAUUGCCCCCCCCCCGAGAGCCAAUGCUCUCCCCUGCAGGGCCGGUGAUAUCCAAGCGUCAGCCCUGCUGGGUGCACUUUGCUAGGCGGCUGGCAGGGGAGGGAGAGGAGACCCGUGAGCUCUAGCUUACAGCUCCGCCAGGUCUCCUCUUGUGAGCACGGUUACCACGGCAAUGCUCUGUUCUCACAAGAGUGAACUCUAGCCUCAGGAGCUGCAGGCUAGAGUUCACUCCCCACUAGAACCACCAGGGAUUCUCCACCGGACCACCAGGGCAUCACAAUCGAUAUCCCCCCUCCCUAGGCAAAGGUGAGAAGGGAGGGGGGAUAUAAAGCAUAUUUAUUUAAUAAAAAAACAACACAUAUUUGUUUUAAUCAGACCCCCUCCCCCAAUUACACACACAUUGCUCCCACAGCCCCCCAUACACACAUGGCCCCACCACACACACUGCCCCCGCUGUACCACCAUACACACACUACACCCCUAUACACGCAGUGCCCCCACUGUACCCCCAUGCACACACCGCACCCCCAUACACACACUGCCUCCCCAUACACACACUGCCUCCACUGUAACCCCAUACACACACUGCUCCCACUACACUCCUAUACACAUACUUCCCCUCACACACACUGCCCUCACUACACCCUCAUACUCACACUGGUUUCAUACACACAGUGUUCCCACUGCACCCCAUAUAUACACUGCACUCCCAUGCACACACUACACCCCUCCUACACACAGUGCUCCCACUGCACCCCCAUACACACACUCUCCCAAAUACACACACACACACAAACUGCACCCUUCGCACACACACUGCCUCCCAUGCACACACACACACACACACGCACCGAGAGGCCCUAUCCCCUACUACAGCCCCUAUCCUCCUGGCAGACCCCAAGUAAAUUGACAAACUGUUGUUAAACGGUCUGACUAUUUACUCUUGAAGGGCACCACAGCGCUCCUGGCACCAUAACCACUACAGAGAGCUGUAGUGGUUAUUGUGCCUGGAAUGUUUCUUUAAAUAAUCUAUGAGUGCACCUCCUGAAAUAUAAGGAUCUGGACCCUCCCCUGUCUCAAGCUUCCUGUUUCAAGAAUCUGAAAAAAAGGACAGGGACAGAGCUAAAUGGCUUUGGAUUCAAGACUUUGGGCUUAAACGUUCAAGAAUGGAUUAACUCCUAAUGGUCAGCCGGCACCAAGAACAUCCUGGCACCAUAACAACUUAAUUCCAAUAAUUAAAGUUCUUCUUAGUGUUUACAUUACCAAAAUCAAAAAUAUCUUGUAAUCAGAAACAAAAAAGUUAAUAAAUAUUACAGAAACAUAUUAUCAUGGGAAAUCCAUAGGAAUAAGACUCAAUUUAAUUACAUUUCAAACAACUUUGUUGCUGCUGAGAUGAAAAGAAAAGACAGAAAUAUUAGUGUGUAUGCUUCUUAAAUGCAUUAUUCUGUUUGACAGUUGUGAUAUUUAAUAUAUUUAUUCUUUUGUUUGUUAUUUUCAAUUGUUAUAUUACUUAUAUAAGUGCAUGAUACAAUAUCUGUUAGAUAAUCCUAGUAUCUACAUUCUCAAUAUCAGGAAUCAAUAUAUAUUUUUUAACCAAAUAUUUGUUCUUUAAACUCUUCUUACUGAAUUCAAGUUAGCAUCAGAUUGCUCACAGUAUUAUCUCUAUUGCUUAUAGAGCACGGUGACUACUAUCCCUUUGAUGGUCCAAAUGGCUUGUUGGCACAUGCCUUUCCUCCAGGAGAUAAAAUUGGAGGUGAUACCCAUUUUGACGAUGAUGAAUUUUUCACAAGUGACUUCAAAGGUAUUUUCUAAACUUCACUUCUACUUGCUAAUAUAAUCAUACUUAGGAAUGGACCUGGAGACUCUGGACUUAUCAAUUAAUUAUUGUGCCUUUGAGCCAACAUAGGACCUGCCUUAAAUCACAAAUCUCCUGUAAAUUUGUGCUAAUCCCUUGUCUACGACUUACAUUUGCAGCCUUUUAAAAUCUGGCUUUGCCCAAAGGACAUGGGGAAGUGUUUUGACUUCUGACCCACCAAAGUCUCGAGGUGUUGCUAAAUUUAAGGCACUGGGUAUAAGUGUCCAUUAGGGUAAAUCAGAAUAAUCUUGGGUAACCAGUUAUUAGUUGUAUAACAGUUUCCAGACAAGAUCUGAAGCAGAAUUCUAACCAAUUUAGUUUUCAUGAAAUUACAAUUCUCUGAACACAAAUCAACAUUUUUAAUCUGUCAAAAUCAGGCCUGUGUAAUUCUUAUUGAUUAUGGCACUUCUUUGACAUCUUGCAGGUUACAAUCUUUUCAUGGUUGCUGCUCAUGAGUUUGGCCACGCAUUGGGACUAGAUCACUCUAGAGACCCUGGAUCACUGAUGUACCCAGUGUACUCGUAUACUGAAACAAAUAGGUUUAUUCUUCCCGAUGACGAUGUACAAGGAAUUCAGGAAUUGUAUGGUAAGUUUAAACUCCAAUUGGUUCUGUAAUUGGAUUUCCAAUAAAAAGUAAAAGAACCGUAUAAUAAAUGUAUUAUGUUUAUUCAUUUAAGGGGCAGGCAACAGUGAUCCAAACCCAAAACACCCAAAAACUCCAGAAAAGUGUGACCCUGAACUAGCACUUGAUGCUAUAACAGAACUCAGAGGAGAAAAGUUCAUCUUUAAAGACAGGUAUGUAGUAUCAGCUCUUUGUCCUUAAAUGUCUAGCUGAAACAAAAUAGAACUUACAUUACUUUCAAGAACUUUAUGGGCCUCUUUCCAGAACUUUCGAUGAGACAAAACUACACCAUGAAUUUAAAUUACUUAUAGAAGCCCUUUACCAUCAAUCCUGACUUCUUGUAACUUGAUAGCAGGUUGACCUCCUGCUGAAAUGAGCAAUCAAUUUAGUAAUAACCAAUUUCACAUUAACAUAUAACUAGUGAUGUCCCGAACGGUUCGCUGAACGGUUCGCGAACGGUUCGCCACGAACGGUUCGCCACGGACUCAUCAUUGAGUAAACUUUGACCCUGUACCUCACAGUCAGCAGACACAUUCCAGCCAAUCAGCAACAGACCCUCCCUCCCAGACCCUCCCACCUCCUGGACAGCAUCCCAUUUGUGAAGCUGCAUUCUUAGUGAGCUGUCCAGGAGGUGGGAGGGUCUGGGAGGGAGGGUCUGCUGCUGAUUGGCUGGAAUGUGUCUGCUGACUGUGAGGUACAGGGUCAAAGUUUACUCAAUGAUGAGUCCGUGGCGAACCGUUCGUGGCGAACCGUUCGCCAAACCGUUCGGGACAUCACUACAUAUAACAUAUAACUAUCAUAAGUACAAUUUUUAAAUUAGUAACUGUAAUAAUAUAUAUAUAUAUAUAUAUAUAUAUAUAACAUAUCAUAUACUACACCACUCCUGUAGGGUGAUAUAUCUGCCUGUGUCUGUUGACCUCAAAAGUAUUACACAAAUCCAAAGAAAGAAGACACAACUUCAACAUUUUUGCAACACAGACACUUUCUCAAUUACAAAUUCCCACUGGAUUGGGCAUUUUCAUUGUGAAUGAGACUGUAUCCCCAAAAAAGUCUGAGUCAAAAUGUCAAUUGGAAAUAGUAUCAGUGUUUUUAGUUCUGCUUGAUCUGGAUCGGUGAAUAUGGAUAUUUGAGAACAUCAAAAUGGAAAUUUGUAUGCAUAUUUUUAAUCUGAUUAAUUUUGUAAAUGUAUUAUUAAAUUAUAUGGAUUUAUUUUUGAUUUCUUACUAGAUUCUUCUGGCGCCUCCAUCCUCAGAUGGUUGAAGCAGAACUAGUAUUGAUUAAAUCGUUUUGGCCUGAACUACCCAAUAAGAUAGAUGCCGCUUACGAAUAUCCACAGAAGGAUCUGAUAUAUAUAUUUAAAGGUUGGUUAUUGUUUCAAAAAUUAACUGGCCAGUGUCUAUUCAACAUCUCAAAUUUAACAUUUUGCAGUUUCAAAAACAAAAUCUUAGCAGUGAUAUUGACUAUUUGAUGUCCCUUUUUGUUUGAAAACUUUUUUAUAAGAUACAAUGUAAUCUGAUGUAAUUGAACAAAAGGUAUCUAAGAUGCUUAGGUAUGUGCACAGAAUGUUUUAUGAAUGCCCAAACAUACCUUAAUAUAGGGCUAAACGUUCUUCCCUGCUCCCAUCUAAGUCUCUAUAGGCAGAAAAAAAGGCAGAUAUAACUAGUUCGUACUAGAACAGAAGGUGUAACUGUACUCUGUACUUCUUUUGUUGUCAUUACAUUUUUUUGAAAAAUAAUUUUCAAUGUUGACAAAAACUUUUUAUAAGCAAAUCAGUCUGGCAGCUCAUUUUUUUACAUUAUUUUUUUAAAAGUAAUAUUUAGAUGUUAUUUAGAUUCACUCUGUGAUACAAUCUGCUGAACACAACUAUGAAAAGAAGAUACAUAACACAACUGAGUAUGUUUAAAAAAUAUAUAUAUUUUUUUUUUUCAGGGAAAAAAUUCUGGGCUCUAAGUGGAUAUGAUAUAGUAGAGAACUAUCCAAGAAAAAUACAUGAACUUGGUUUCCCAAAAACCUUGAAAUCUAUUGAUGCAGCUGUCCAUAACAGUGCAAUUGGCAAAACGCUCUUCUUUACUGAUGACAAGUAUUGGAGGUAUGAUAAUUCUACGCUAUAAAUGUAUUUUUUUUAUCUCAAAGAAAAAAAGUUUAGGAAUAAUAGAAUAAUGUGUGAUAUGCUUACUAACAUUUUUCAAUAAUUUAUUAUACUGUUAAAGGGUUACUACAAGCACGACGACCACUUUUGUGGUUUGAAGUUGUUAUGGUGCCUGGAGUCUGUAUAUACAGCAUUUGAAAGACUGCACAUGCAGUUUAAUCCCUUCCUUUAACUGCUCUUUCUUUAGAGUAAUUGUGCUGUCAUUAACCAGCCCGGGACAUAAGUUCAGGGCUGGCUGAUAAGAAUUCUGUACACAUUGGACAUCUAAUGUAAGCACACAAGGAAUCCAAUGGCAGUCCACCCCACCCUCUGUGCCACCCAUAUUCUCCCCUCAGCCUGCUAUCCUUGACAUCUGCCCCCUCCAGCAAGGAGGUCUGGUGUCAGCAGUGGAAGAUCACGUUGUUGGGAGAACUUGGCCUCGGCACUGGAACAGAGGUCAUGUUUUUUAUUUUUUUAUUAUUUGAAGGUGAGGGAAGAGCAGCACCCCAAGGGUUACUAGCCAAAAAGAGUGUUUACUAAAUAGUUUUUUUCUAUAAAUUCUAAUUCUGAUAGAAGAAAAAAGUCUCUUUUAGUGGCAAGGUGCAGUUUACUAAACACAAACAUCUAUUAUUAUGAUGACACGGGAACUAACUUGCACUAACUUUUUUUUCCCCAUCUUGCCUAUUUUACACUAAACAUUACAAGUUGGUUCCCUAUUGACUACAGGUUGCUGUUUAGUGAAUAGAACUCCAAAUAUCUUUUCCAAUUUCCCAUUUAUGUUGAUCCUGAAAAUUCCAUGUCCUGGAGAGGUCGGAAAUCCAGUUAGUGGGGGGAUAUCAUUUAUGUGCCUAAUGAUAUUUGUUGUAGGCUACACUACUGUGGCCAUCAUGCUGAAAGUAUGUUACAUUAAUGUUUUUAAUAAUUCACAUUUAUGUAACAAAUUCUUAUAUAUUUAUGUUUUUGAAUUAGUUUUGAUGAUGAAAAUAUGACUUUGGACAAAGGCUACCCUAAGCUUAUUGAAGAUGAUUUUCCUGGAAUUGGAGAAAAAGUAGACGCUGCUUAUCAACGAAAUGGUACGUGCACUUAAUUACUGAUUCUUGGUAAUUAGUAUUUUAUGAGAUGCUUUAUUUCUGUAAAGAAGCAGAAUGAUGUGGGAGACAGGACACAUUUUAAGCCAGUUAUUUAAUUACCAAGAUUAUAGAUCAGGUAUUUAAUUAACUAAAUAAUCAAACUUUUCCUCCCUAUUUAGUUCAUACUCUCACAAUCUCAGGCGUCUCUUUGAUACCUUCAACUUCUCUUUUUUUCCCCACCAAACUAAUCUUUCAGCCGAUAGUUGAAUGCAAUUUAACUGAUUGGAAAAAACUAUUGAGGAAAGAAUUCUCCCUGCUUCACUCCUCUCUCUCUCUCAACUAUACUUAGACCAUGUCUUUCCUACCAUUCAGGCCUUCUUCCUGGCUACUGAACAGGAGGUGGCUGUGCUUUUCCUUUCCUCUCUCCCAAACACUUGUCUGCUUGACCCUGUCCCAUCUCACUUUAUCAGAUCCAUCUCCCCUUGUCUUGUGCCGUCCUUUAAUGCAUAUCUUCAACUGCUCUCUUUCUUAUGGCAAGUUCCUUGCUCUACUGCUGUACUGGGGUACUGUCGUGCCAGUCCUAAAAAAGUAAUCUUUUGACCCGUCUUGCCUUUCCAACACUUGUCCCAUAUCCCUGUACAACAAUGAUACCCAGAUAUAUCUCUCUUCCCCUGAUCUCUACCCUGCUGUCCUAGAACAAUGCCUUUAUUCAAUUUCUGAUUGGAUGUCCUCCCGAAAUUCAAUCUCUCUAAAACUGAGCUUCUUAUUUUUCCUCUUUAUAAUACUAAUCCUCAUCUUUCACUCUCCCUACAAAUUGAUAGUACCUGCAUGAGCCCACAAACUGCAAAGCUCUCUGUAUUUGUGUUUUCUUUGAUUCUGGCCUCACCUUUAUGCCUCAUGUCCAGUCUAUUGCCACAUCCUGUUGAUUCCACCUUAAAAACAUUGCCCGUGUCUGCCCUUUUCUUAUGCUAGAUACUGUUAAGGAGCCUGUGCAUGUUCUAGUCGUUUCUCAUUGAUUACUGUAAUUCUCUACUAAUUGGUCCUACCAAAAGCUGUACUGCCCCACUACAAUUUGUAAUGAAUGCUGUUGUCAGACUGAUUUUUCUCUCUAGUUGCUCCUCUCACAUCUUGCCCUUCUGUCAAUCCUUACAUUUGCUUCCUGUAACCAACAGGAGUAAAUUCAAAAACCUAACUCUUACCUAUAAAGCUUUAAGCAACUCUAGCCCCUGUUACAUUUCUUCACUGAUUUGUAGAUAUGCCCAUUCUCGGUCUCUCCGUUCUGACGGUGAUCUUCCCCAUGUCGAUGGCUUUCACCCAUAUGGCUUACUCAUGCUUGUUGAACUUCUCGCGGCUGGCUCCUUUCUUUUGGAACAGACUGCCUCCCCUAUCAGACUCUCCCCUAGUCAUCAAUCAUUUAAGAAGUCCCUCAAAACCCAUGUCUUCAUAAAAGCUUAUAACCUACCAGAAUAACUUCUAUUUCACAAACCUGUCUCUUGGUCUUUCUUAAAGGGCCACACUUUCCAGUUAUGCUACUUUCCUACUUUUGUCGUUUGAUUACCUAUAACCAAUUCACUGUUUUGUUAUCCAGGCUACAGGCUGGCUGAUUAAUACACUUCCUAUUGUAAUUUUAUACCCCACAUCCUCUAGAUUAUAAGCUCAUUUGAGCAGGGUCCUCAUCAACCUAUUGUUCCUGCAACAUUUUGAAACUUUCUCAUGUCCUGUUAAAUUUUCCCCUCUAUAAUAUUGUAUAGCGCUGCAGAAUAAGUUGCUAAAAUUAAUAAUAAUAAAAAAAAAAUAAUAACAACUGAGCUCAAGUUGUGGUGUCACAGAGUAACCAGUUUUAUUAGAAAAUUUAAAUAAGUGUACUUUCUUCUAAUAUCAAUUAAAUAAGUACCAAUAAGUUGGGUAAUAAUAUUAUCUAGAGCGCAGAGCAAAAAGCUAGUUGUACAUUGCCUUGUAACUAAUGUUGAUUAAUUAAAUUUUUUGCCAAUGAAUUAAAAGUAAUUAAGUGUAUAUUUUUAUUUCAUUUUUUAUUGCAGCAUAUACAGUAUUUGAUUAAAUAAUCUACACAUAUUCUGUAUUUUUCCCACAGGUUACCUAUACUUCUUUAACGGUCCUCUACAGUUUGAAUUUAGUAUAUGGAGCAAAAAAGUGACUCGUGUGAUGAAAACCAAUUCCAUCUUGUGGUGUUGACCUUGAAAUCCUUAGUUGACCUCCACGUCAGACUGUUGAACAGUUGAUUGUAAAACUUGACAAUGACCAGUAAUAUGGUUCCACUCUGGGUACAAAACAUAGCGCGGGUUAGCUAUAAGGAAAAAUAUAGGAAAUCCUCUGUAUAUGGAUUACAAUGCAAGAAUGUAUAUAUUGAUUUUACUGUAACAUUCUAUAUCACAGUGCAAUAGUCUUCUUAUAAUGUAAUAGUGUAAUAAGGAAGUGUAAUUUAUGGAUAUAACACUGUAGCAGUAUUAUGGUAUGAGAUUAAAGCAUCAAGGUGAAACUAGCUCAUAAUACAAAAAGAGAAACAUUACAUUUGGAGUGUGGUGAAAUAUGUCCUUUUAGAUGGAAUAGUACGCUUGAGAAUCUAUCUUUAAAAGGACACUAUAGUGAACAACUACAGCUUGUGAGUGGUGAGUAUAGUCAGUCCCUGCAGUCUUUUUCAUGUAAACACUGCCUUAACUCUGAAAAGGCAAUGUUUACAUUGCUCCCCAGUGACACCUCUAGGGGCCACUCCUCAGAGUGUCACUAGAGGUGCUUCCUGGGUCAGUGCUGCACAGUGUGCAUGGUCUGCAUGGAGACACUAAACUUUCCCCAUAGAGAUGCAUUGAUAUAAUUCAGCUCUAUGAGGAGAUUCUGAUUGGCCAGAGUUUGGCUCAGUUUGGCUUCCGACCCCGGUCCGCCUCCUUGGCUGAGAUCAUCAGAAUUGACGAUCUAAGCCAAUCCAAUGGUUUCCCUUUGGAAGACAUUGUGAUUGGCUGAGAUAAUUAAUUCUGAUGGACUGGCAUGGCACUGGAAAUAAGGUACAUUUUUACUAGCUUUAAGGGGAGUACGGGGGGAUGGCCAACAUCGUUUUUUAACACUAUAAGGUCAAACACGUUUGUUUUCCUGAUCCUAUAGUGUUCAUAUAAUAUGGCGUAACAUGAUACCAGAUGUGUCCAGGUUGUGUAGAAUGCUCAGAUACACAUCUUUUGGAUGGCAUAGAAUGUUGGGAGAUUUGUCUUAUACAUUACACAGCAUUCUGGGAGAUGAUUCUUACAGAUGGAAUAGUAUGGUGGGAGAUGUGUUUACAUAUAUAAAAAUAAAACAUACCUACUGGAAUGUCAACUUAUCAUCCAAACACUUUGUGAGACAGGUUCACUUUCAUCCACAGCAAUCAUACUAAUAUUUAAUAGCUUUCUCUACAGAACAUACUAGUAAAUGUUACUGUUAUCUAAGGUACCCCCAGGUAUUAAUUCGUUAUUAUUCCAGAUGGAAUGGCCUCCUGUUCCAUAUUGGUACUCUAUAUCCAGAUGCAUGGUUGCUUUGGUUAAAUAUAUAUUAUCUAUUUUUUUAAAUAUUUAUUAUUCCUCGUGUAAAAUACACAGAGUAACCUACACAUCAUAACUCUGUUUUGCUAAACCAGAUGUGUGACAUUUUAGUUUUUUUUUUUUUUGCUUAAUAAAAUGUUUUAUUAAAAUCUAUUUACAACUUG